GAGAGCAAUAAAUUCUUAGCUUUUAUGGUGAAAGAAAUGGUGUAUGUUCCCCUCAGGAGUUAAAAACUUUAAUUUGGCUACAAUGAGUUUUAGGUAAGUAAGCGAUAGAAUUUUUGGCCAGUUUAAUGAAUGAUAAGAUCAUAUAUAUUGAUUGUUAGUGCUUAAUAGUUUUCAUGCACAUAAAUUUAGGCUAAUGCCGGAUUCAACACUUGCUGCACCAGAAGAGAAUAAACUUACGAGCAUACAAUGGUUUGAAAGUGGACGCGCUAGCUUGGUACUCUUUUGUUCAUUUUCGUUUUUUCCUUUUUCCACCUCAAGAAUCAUAAAUUAUUGGGUUAACAACCCAGUGAUCUUUUGUACUAUUUUUGAAUUAUUGUCACUGCUUCAUUGAAUCUUUGAAUUCCUAUUGUGGUUUAUUGCCCCGAUGAAGUGCAAUGGGGGUUAAACUGUGUUUUUUGACUUUCCAUUGAAAGUUUGAGCUCUUUUCUAUUAUCUUGCUCCAUCUAACAUAGAACUUUUGCCUUCUGUUGCUCACUGCCAGCCUUGAAACCUGAACCAGGCUUUUGUCUGUAUUAUGCACCAACGAUAGGAUAAUUUGUUUUUAAAGCAUUUUGCAGCAAAUGUGAUACUUAUAACACUGUUAAUGUUUCUUCUUUCUCAGCAGCUCUUUCUCUGCCCUCUCCCUCUGUAUAUCCCAUAUCAUGGUUGUCUCUUAUGCUAUAUGACCAAUUUGUUUUAGUUACGAUCUGCUAAUGGUGUGGUUUGCUUUUCAGCUGAAGCGUGUAAUGGAGUCAGAUGCAGCGAUGACUGAUGAUUUAGUUCCCUAUAACAUAAUUCUUUUGGAUGAUCCUACUAUAACUACUCCUAUUGUGUCUUUCCCUGAGGCGAUCGAGCUCAAUUUCUAAUGUGAUAUUUUUCUUAUCUUGUUCCUUUAAUGGUUAAUUGGCUAUUUGUACAUCAGGUUAAAGCUGCGGUUCCUUCAUUGAAAUAGUUCAGGGGCUUUCCUAAGUUACCUGGAACUUUUCCUAUAUCAGCUUCAAAGGCGUUGGACAUGACUUCUUGCAGUAUUCAUUUGGCUUUCAGGCUGCUUUCCUCUCUACGUAGAUGUUGCAGAAGUGGUCGCACGUGCAGAUGUAAUGUAAUGGCUUUGUCUGAUUUGGGUGAUAAUAUACGGCAAGGUGCAAGAAGUUGUUCUCUUUUGUUUUAUUGGAUUGUUAUUUGGGUUUUAAGUUCUAGAAUUUCUAUUUCUUAUGCAGUAUGUUUCUGUACGAAUAUAUACCAUGUUUUGUCCGAGAGAAGGCGCUCAGAGAAAAUUAAUGAGGGACUUACGAUUCAUGGAUCAUUUAUUCCAUUUUUGGCGAGGUUGUUGAUGGAUCUCAUGGAGGAUGGAAAGCAAUCAAUAUGGUAAUUGUUGUUCCACCAGGUGAAGGGCACCUUCUUGUCCUGCUCUGUGAUUAAGGAUUUGAGGAAGGGUUUGGGAAAUGAGGCAGGGGGGGUUGAGGGAUAUCCUCACUUUCCAGCAAGGGUAAAGCCAAUUUGGCUGAGCUCCAGAUGUUUCACUCCAACGACUACCGUGGACGGGUGGAGACCUAGCUCUGACAUAAGCAUCUCAUGGAAUCUUGAUUAUAAUGGAGACCCAGUUGUUCAGCACAAUUCGAAUUGGAGAACUCCAGAUUCUCGAGACAAUGGCGGAUGAGGACCAGAACCUGCUGGAAUAGAAAAAGCUUCGCUGAAUGCUUUCCGUGCUCCACGUGGUGGCCGUGGGUGGCAGAUUAAGGUUCUUUCGACGCUUCUGGAUCGGUUUUGGAAUCCGGAUAUCCUCAUUCGACACAAAAAUUUGUUGUUUGAUACAAUAUGGGGGUGAUCCCAUGAGCGUGAUUGUUGCACUUCCAAAACCUUAUACUUAUAGGGUAUUGUUGGCAGUGAAAGAAGAAAUGUUGAGAAGAAACGUGAGGCUGGGGAGGGAGUAUCUUUAUCGGAAAAGCUUUGAGGGCAAAGAGCAUUUGCUCUAUGAGAAGAAGCACAAAAUUCGCGAAGCUUUUGCAGAAAACCAAUACCAACCAAGCUCAGAAAUGAAGAGGGGACGCUCCGUCCGGAAAUUGACCCCGAAGAUGAAAAUACUAUUGGUACUACUCGCGACCAACUUGGGUCGGGAAGGCGCUGAACAUGGGAUUGCGGCUUGGUUGGCGAAUUUAAUGGGUGAUUUCCUUGUUCAACAAUCGCUGAUAAAUAUGCAAAUGCUGCCGAUAGAGAUCCUACGAUUUUGCUUACAACUUCACGUCAUCCGAGUUCUUCCGGAUACUCUAAAAUUGCUUGCAGUAUAA